AUGUCAUCUACUACUAAAUCUGAUGUUUCUAGAAAGAAUACAUUUUCAUCUAAGAUGAAGAAAUUAUUUGGUUCAAAAUCUGUUUCUACUUCAAGCAAUACUACUACUACAACUAAAACUUUGACUCCUGUUGGAACUAAUACUAAAAUUCAUAAUAUUUAUAAUUCGAAAAAUUCAAAUAGAUCUGCUGAUGAUUAUAAUAAUAUUAAAAGUGUAAAUUCAAAUUCUCCAACUUAUUCACAUUCAUCUGAUUUUUCUUUAUCUAAAAAAAUUGAUAGAUCUUCAAAAGGUUCAUCUUCAAGAUCUUCAUUAGAUAGAGAUUCUAUUGGAUCAGAGAUUUCAAAUCAAAACCAACAUAUAAUUACAAAUAAUAAUAAUAAUAAUCCCUUGUCACCAAUGAGAUCUCUGCAAACUUCAACUGCUGCAUCAACUACCCAUUCACACGGUGAAAAAUAUUUACCAAAUAUUAUUACUACUACUAUUAAUCCUAUAUCAUCUACUGAACAAAAUAAAAAGGAAUCUAAUAAUAACAUUGUUUUACCUAUAACACCAGUUACAACUUCAAAUUCUACAAAUGUUCCAAUUACUCCAAGUAGUAAUUGUAAAAGAUUUAUUAUUUUAGAAAAUGGUAUGCAUGAACAUCAGUUAAAAGCUGCUAAGAGACAAGAAAAAUUGACAUCUAUGUUGAAAAAUAUUAUUGGUUCACAAAAGACCAGAGGUGAUGCCGUAUCUGCAGUACCUGACUUAAUGUCAAUAAGUAGUGUACCACCAACACCAUUAAGUAGUGUUCCAACCGGUACCUCUACAAUGACUAACGGUGUAAGGAAUAUGGAUCCUCCAACACUAAUGUCUGGGUUUAUUAAGAGAUUAGAAAGUAAAGGUAACUCUGGAAGAACUGGUAGUAACUCUACCAUGCCAUUAGACAAUAAUUCAUUAGCAACUAUCAAUAAUACAAAUUGUGAAAAAGGUUCUAUAAGAUCAACUUCAAACGAAAUCUCUAUAGCUCAAUCCAAUAAUACCAAUCCUUCAAAAUCAAAACUUUGUGAAAGAUUUGCAGAUAAAUAUGGUAAAUGUAUCGAAGUUGCUGGGAGAGGUGCUUUUGGUACUGUUAGAAUUUGCCACAAAAAGUCAACUAAUAAACAAGAAGGUGAAACAUUAUUUGCUGUAAAAGAAUUUCUUAAGAAGAAUAAUGAAUCUGCAGAAAGAUACAAGAAGAGAUUAACUGCUGAAUAUUGUAUAUCUUCUUCUUUACAUCAUACAAAUAUUGUCGGUACAAUUGAUUUAUUGAAGGAUGCUAAAGGUGAUUUCUUACAAGUUAUGGAAUAUUGUCCAGGUGGCGAUUUAUUCAGUUUAAUCAUUGCCGCAGGUAAAUUGGAAUAUCUUGAAGCAGAUUGUUUUUUCAAACAAUUGAUCAAAGGUGUUGUAUACAUGCAUGAUAUGGGUGUGUGCCACAGAGAUUUGAAACCAGAAAAUUUAUUGCUAACCUCUGAUGGUGUUAUAAAGAUUACAGAUUUUGGUAAUAGUGAAUGUUUCAAGAUGGCAUGGGAAAGAGAUAUCCACUUAAGCGGUGGUGUCUGUGGUUCUAGUCCAUAUAUUGCCCCAGAAGAAUAUGUUCAAGAAGAAUUUGAUCCAAGAGCCAUCGAUAUCUGGUCAUGUGGUGUCAUAUAUAUGGCAAUGAGAACUGGUCGUCAAUUAUGGAGUAUUGCUAUGAAGGAAGAUCCAUUCUAUUCUAAGUACUUAAAGGGUCGUAAGGAAAAAGGUGGUUACAAACCAGUGGAACAAUUAAAGAGGGCUAGAUGUAGAAACGUUAUCUACUCUAUGUUAGAUCCAAGUCCAUCUAGAAGAAUUACAGGUAAACAAAUUCUAAAUAGUGAGUGGGGUAGAGAAAUUAAAUGUUGCCAUGAUAGUCAUGCUAUUAAGGUUUAA